AUGUAAUUCGAAUCCCAAAAUAUUUGCAUUGUCAAAGUAUAUCAAACUAAAAUUGAAAACCCUCCCAACAAGGCGGAUACUCUAAUAAAUCAAAUAAUCAUCUCAAAUAAUAACAGAUUUGUCUGCUGUAUAAUUCUUUAUGAAAAAUAUAAGGAAUAUUACAAUGCUACAGUAAGAGAUUUAAAAACCAAUCAGGUUCUCUUUUAGCAUGAUGAUGAUGCAGAUACAUUUUCCAUUCAAUUCACUCCUGAUUCUAAAUAUAUUUUUUUUUUGGGCGAAUAGGAUUAUAUUAUUUUUGAUCUCUAUACCAAAUAGCAAUACAAAUUGAAGUUUAUUACUUAUGAAGCUUACAAACGUCUGAAAUUAUCCUUUACAGAAGAUUCUCAAUACAAAUUAAUAUAAACAAAUGAUACAUUGGAAACAUCCCAUAUCCUUGGGGAUUUAAGUGAAGUAUAUUAGGUUAAUAUUGCAACCUUUGAUUGGAGAUUUGUUUCGAAUAAGGAAGCAUAUCUCUCAACGAUGUAAAUUAUGAGAUAAUAAAAGUUAAUUUGCUUUAAAGUAUUCAGAAAGAAAAAUACUAAAUUGAAUGUUGUGAAAUCAUUUUUAUUAUCAUUUGAACCAAAAUACUUUUAAAAAAUAAAGGCAAAAAUAUGGAAUGUCAAUAAUUUGGUGGUAGUGUAACAUCAUUUUGGUGUCAGAGUCUAUAAUUUACACAACAAUAAAUUAAUCAGAAAUCUUUAAUAUUAAACUAAAGUUAAGCCAAUCUGUACCUUUUAGCACUUAGAAAAUAACAAAGGUUAUGUUGUUUUUUCUUAUGAUUUUCUUUUCAACGAUAGCCGCACAAUAGAAUUUAUGUAAUUCUUACCAACUGUUGAAUAUCAAAGCCCAAAACCCUUUUCGAAAAUCCAAUUUUUUCUGGGCUAGAAUUCAGCUUUAAUAUAAUAAGAACUUGAAUCAGACACGUGGCAACAAAUAACUUUUGGAUCUGAAGAAUUUGAGUGA